CCAAAUAUGAAGGUACAGAUCUUGCUCCUGAUCCCCAUGGCCUUUCUCCUGCCCUCUGGGACUUGGGCUGGUGAGAUCAUCGGGGGACAGGAAGCCCAGCCCCACUCCAGGCCCUACAUGGCCUAUCUGUCUAUACAACGCACAGGCAAGACCUAUAUCUGUGGAGGGUUCCUGGUGGCAAAGAACUUCGUGCUGACAGCUGCUCACUGCAAGGGAGAAAAGAUCACUGUCACACUGGGAGCCCAUAACAUUAGAGAACGGGAACAGAGCCAACAUAAAAUCUCUGUGAGUCGUCAGAUCCUGCACCCGCGAUACAACAAAAAGACCUAUAAGAAUGACAUCAUGCUUUUGCAGCUGCAUCACAAUGCUCAUCUGACCAAGGAGAUUGGACUGAUUGAUUUGACUUCGGCUCAUGGCAGAGUGAGCCCAGGGACCAUGUGCAGCGUGGCUGGCUGGGGGAAGACCAUCCUGACUGAUUCAUCCGAUACCCUUCAGGAAGUGAAUCUGUUGGUGAUAAGCGAUAAGACCUGUGACAAUCAGUAUCCACAUUAUUACUCCUCCAGCAUGCUGUGCGCAGGGGACCCUGACGAUCAGAAAUCAGUUUAUCAUGGCGAUUCUGGAGGCCCUCUCGUGUGCUGUGGAGUGGCCGUGGGCAUCGUCUCCACGGGCUUCAAGAACAGCAUCGCACCUCCUGCUGUGUACACACGGAUUUCCCACUUUGUGCCCUGGAUCACUGAUACCAUGAGAGGAAUCUAG